AUGACUGCCAGGAGGGACCCAGGGCCACUCGCUCAGUCAAGUGGCCCGACGCUGGGGAGACCCACUUUGACGAGCUCGACCCGGGAUUCGGCUGCUGGGCUGCAGGUGUUAGCACGGGCGCUGUUAGAGCUGGGGGCACGGAGAGGCCACGGGGUCCACCCGUGGCUCGAGUGUGGGACCAGGACGGACGCCCUGGCAGGCUGGCGGGACUCUAGCCGGGGGCUGGGGGACGCGCCCUCGCGGUGGGAAAGGCUGAGCUGCCUCCUCCGGGCCAUCACAGUCAGCGCCCCUCCGGCCUCUGCAGAAGCCACCCCGAAGACCACGGUGGACAUUCCAGGACGGCUGCGGCCAUGGCCCGGGUGGUGUUGGUCCGAGCGGGUGGGGUGCACCGACCGCACCGGGGCAGCCGUGGGGGGCCCAGCGGUCCGGGGCCGCUGCCAAGGACGGUACCGCGCCUCCCGCCUCCCGCCUCUCGUCGCUGCUCUUUGCGGCGCCCGGGACUGGCCUCCCGGAUCCCAGCCUGGCCCGGCCGGGCCUCGACGGCGCGCCCGCUGGGAGCAGCUUCUGGAGCGGGUGCGGCCUCCCAGCCCGGGGCUCAGCUCCAGCCAGGGGGGCUCCCGGUUCCAGGGGCGCCGGCGGGCGAAGGGGCCGCUUGCCGGGUGCCGAGCUCCGGGAGCAGAACCACGGCCAGGGCCGUCCGCGGUGGAGUCCCCAAGCGAGCGGCCGAGCCCCGACCUUGGCAGCGGAAGCGAGCACACGGCCGAGCUGCCUGUCUCUGCGGCCCCUCGGGGUGCUGAGUUUGCGCAGCCCCGCAGCGCCCCAUGGCGACACCCGGGCUGCACCCCGAUGUGCUCACGUGGGCCUGAGGGGCCAAGCGGGCGGCCCGGGCCCACGGCGGCCGCGCACAGCACAGCAGCGCUUUUCCCUAGUCUCGCCCCGGGGCAGCUGGGGGAGGACAGAGCUCCGUCUGGUUCUGUCGUCCGGCGGCGGUGGGAGGGCUGCUGCCGUGAGGCCGGGGUGGCCCCGCACGACGGUGAUGACGGGAAAUGGUCCCAGCAGGCGCUUUCCGGCAUCUGGUCCCUUACUGCACGGGGGGUCGGGCACAGGCGGCCCCAGGAGAGACUGGACACCACGGGGGUUCGGCUGCCUGGUCGGAGCUCGGAAACGGGACUGCAAACACUACAUGCCAUCCGGAGAGGCGCCGUGACCGUGUGGCAGGAAGCUCCUAGAUCCCUGAGGGCCCCGGCCUCCUGUCGUUUGCGACCUCGUGUCACCUCCACCCGCGUGUGUACUUGGGGACUGGCUCCUGAGAAAGAGAACACGGCAGCCGUGACGGGCUGUCGCUUCCAGGACGACGGUACAGGAAGACUGUGGUUUCUGUCUGGGCUUCCUGCUGGCCUGAUUGCUUUGAAGCCAGUGGCCGUAAUGGGGAGGCCCAGUGACGAGGGGACGGAGGCCUACCAACAACCAAGAGUGGCCUCGGGAGGGGACGGACUCCCCAUGAGCCUUAAAAUGAGGCUGCAGCCUGUCAAGAGCCUCGAAGCCCUCAGGACAGACCUCGAGCCUCAAGCUCCUCGCGGGCCUGCACCUGUGUCCUUGACCCACAGAAGCGAAGACGCCGGGACCGGGGAGGCACGUGUCGUCUGGGGGCGACGCCGGAGCUGCCCGGUAGCCGGCGGCCGCGGCUGGGACCCCUCGGUGACGCGGCGCGGCUCACCGUCCGGACCGGCGGGGGCGCGGACAGAGCCGUCUGCGACGGGGACGCAGAGUGUCCCCCGGGGACCGGCCGCGCGGCAGCGUCUCGGGUCGCGCGCUGACCUCGUCCGGGAAGAACCCGGGACCGACGCGGCCGGGCUGCUUCUCCGACCCGGCGUCCGCGGCGCCGACACGGCGGCUCCACGGGGCGCGGGGCGCGCGGCCUCCAUCCCCGCCGGCUCCGUCCCGGCCCGCGGCCGCCCGCAGCCGCAGAGGCGCCCCCCGCCCCGGACGCCCCCCCGCCCAGCCGGGGCGACCCUCGCACGAGGCGCGGGUCGAAGCCCGCUGGUCGCGAGGACACGGCGGGAGGGUCCCGUCUCCGCCGCGCCUCGGCCCCUCCGCAGCCUCGGUGGCAGCGCGGCCCCGGCGGACCCUCCGGCCGCGGCGCCGACCCCAGCCCAGGCGACAACCGCGGCUUCGGGUCGGCGGGGCCCGGGGCGAGCUCGGGCCUGGGCAGGCGCCUCCGAACGGGGCGACAGAGGCCCGUGGUCGCCGGUUUCUGUCCGGCGAGAACCGCUUGCGGGGUCUGAGCUCUGCCGCGGGGCCUCCGCGCGCAAGACGUGGCGGGGUUGGGGCGUCCGGUCCUCCCCACCGGCGCGGCUCCCGGCCCUGCGGCCGCGGCUGGGGCGCCACCGACUCCCUCCGCGGGCUCCGGAGGGGACGAGGACCCCCGACCUCACCCCACGUUUCCUGAGCGAUUUGGCGCCGGGAAACUCCAGCUCGGGAGGCUCAGGCACUAGAUUAGCUACACGGGUUUCCCGGGGCAAUAAAGUUCUUUCUUUUUCUGCAACCUGUCAGACGCCCGGCACCCUGCUCCAGCACCUCAGAGACACGGAUAGUGGCGUUUCUUAG